GGAAGUAAAAUGUUCAGAGUUGAUGUUUAUCCAUUUUAACAACAGCUACUGGAAUAGCAGUUUUUAUAGGAACCUUUAUAAAAACUAAGUCAUAAAUUUACGUGUAGUACUUGGUAGAAAAGGUGGAGAAGAUUUUUUAAUCGAUAUAUUAAAUGUUGAUCAAGAGUCAGUGAAGAUCAGAUUCUGUUUCAGCUGUUCAGAUUCAUCAUGGAUGAAACACACACAUCCAGAGAUGAAGAUUUUUCUCCAGGAUGCAGUUCAUUUCAUCAGAAGAGAUCAGAACCAGACUCUAGCUGUGUGUCUAUGGGGAGUGACAAGUCUAUGGAUCCGCCGUUAAAGUUUAAGAGUGGAGAUACACAGACUGAUCUGAGUUCAGUCCAGCAGAAAAGCUCAAACCCAGAGUCCAGCUGUUUGUCUAUGAAGAGUAACAGGUCUAUGGAUCCGCCACUAAAGUUUAAGAGUGAAGACAAAUGGCCUGAUCUCAGGUCAAAUCUUCUAUCCAGACCAGUUAAAAACAAAACUGUGUACACACCUGUGUUUCGACCACAAGACUUUAAUGAAAGCAUGAAUCCUGGUUUCAGCCAUGACUCUAGGUGUGCUGAAGUCCUCAAAACAUUGAGAUCAAAUCUGAGAAAGAAGUUUGAGUGUUUGUAUGAGGGAAUAUCAAAGCAGGGAAACCCAACACUCCUGAAUGAGAUCUACACAGAGCUCUACAUCACAGAGAGUGAAAGUGAAGAGAUCAAUAAUGAGCAUGAGGUGAGACAGAUUGAGACACAGUCCAGGAGAACAGAAACAGAGGACACACCGAUCAAAUGCAGUGACAUCUUUAGACCUUUACCUGGACAAGACAAACCCAUCAGAACUGUGCUGACAAAGGGAGUCGCUGGCAUUGGAAAAACAGUCUCUGUGCAGAAGUUCAUCCUGGACUGGGCUGAAGGGAAAGAAAAUCAGGACGUCCAGCUCAUAUUUCCACUUCCUUUCAAAGAGCUUAACUUGAUGAAGGACAAAACACUCAGUCUUUCAGAUCUUCUUCAUGUCUUUUUCCCUGAAACAAAAGAAAUGGAAAUAUCCAGUGACAAAUAUAAAGUGUUGUUCAUCUUUGAUGGUCUGGAUGAGUGUCGUCUGUCUAUGGAUUUUCAGAGCGAUGUGAGGUUGUGUGAUGUGACUGAAACAGUCUCAGUGGACGUGCUGCUGACGAACCUCAUUGCGGGGAAUCUGCUUCCCUCUGCUCUCAUCUGGAUCACCUCCAGACCAGCAGCAGCUGAUCUCGUCCCCUCUGAGUGUGUCCAUCGACUGACAGAGGUACGAGGCUUCAGUGAGCCAAAGAAGGAGGAAUACUUUAGGAAGAGAAUCAGUGAUCAGAGUCUGGCCGACAGGAUCAUCUCACACCUGAAGUCAUCAAGGAGCCUCUUUAUUAUGUGUCACAUCCCAGUGUUCUGCUGGAUCUCAGCCACUGUUCUAGAGAAGAUGUUGAGUGAAGUAGAGAGUGGAGAGAUUCCCAAGACUCUCACUCAAAUGUACACACACUUCCUGCUCAUUCAGACCAACAUCAAACAUGAGAAGGACUAUGAGAAGAACGUGAAAGAUGAAGACAUGAUCCUCAAACUGGGGAAAGUGGCUUUUCAGCAGCUUGUGAAAGGAAACCUGAUCUUCUAUGAGGAAGACCUGAGAGAGUGUGGCAUUGAUGUGACAGAAGCAUCAGUGUACUCAGGAUUGUGCACUCAGAUCUUCAGAGAGGAGUUGGGCUUGUAUCAGGGGAAAGUCUUCUGCUUUGUUCAUCUGAGCAUUCAGGAACAUCUAGCAGCUCUAUAUGUGCAUCUCUCCUUCAUAAACAACAACAUCAAUGUGUUUGACCCAAUCACCAAACAGAGUUUGCGAUCUAAAGUUAAGGACUGGUUUCGACAAAAUUCAACAGAAACUGUUUCAUUAUCUGAGCUGCAUCAGAGAGCUGUGAAUGAGGCUCUACAGAGUAAAAAUGGGCAUCUGGAUCUUUUCCUGCGGUUUCUUCUGGGUCUGUCAGUGGAGUCUCAUCAGAUUCUCCUACAAGGACUAAUGAAACAGACAAGAAGCAGAUCAGACAGCAAUGAGGAAACCAUUCAGUACAUCAAGAAGAAGAUCAGCAUCAUUGACUCUCCUGAGAAAUCCAUCAAUCUGUUCCACUGUCUGAAUGAACUGGGUGAUCAUUCACUAGUGGAGGAAAUACAACAGUAUCUGACAUCUGGAAGAAUAAAGGAAGCCAAACUCUCUUCAUCUCAGUGGUCAGCUGUAGUUUUUAUGCUGUUGACAUCAGAAAAGAUGCUGGAUGUGUUUGAUAUUAAUAAUUUUGUUAAAAGAAACAAUAAAACUGAAAAGCUAAAGGUUCUUCAGAAGCUGCUGCCCGUGAUGAAAGAAUCCAGAUCAGUUCGGUUGAGAUAUUGUGGCAUCGCAGACAAAGGUUGUGCUGCUCUGACUUCAGCUCUGAGAUCAAACCCCUCACACCUGAGACAACUGGAUCUGUCUGAGAAUAACAUAAGAAAAUCAAUAAAUCUGCUGUCUGAUGUACUACAGGAUCCUCACUGUAAACUGCAGAAACUGUGGUUGAGUUAUUGUGGUGUCAUAAAUGAAGGUUGUGCUGCUCUGACUUCAGCUCUGAGAUCAAACCCCUCACACCUGAGAGAACUGGAUCUGUCUGAGAAUAAAAUUGGAAAGUCAGUGAAUCUGCUGUCUGAUGUACUACAGGAUCCUCACUGUAAACUGGAGAUACUGUGGUUGAUGGAUUGUGGAGUUACAAAUGAAGGUUGUGCUGCUCUGACUUCAGCUCUGAGAUCAAACCCCUCACACCUGAGACAACUGGAUCUGUCAAGGAAUAAACUAGGGAAUUUGGGAGUCACGCUGCUGUCUGCUGUACUGGAGGAUCCUCACUGUAAACUGGAGAUACUGGGGUUGAGAUAUUGUGAUAUCACAGAUGAAGGUUGUGCUGCUCUGGCUUCAGCUCUGAGAUCAAACCCCUCACACCUGAAAGAACUGGAUCUGUCUGAGAAUAAACUAGGACAAUCAGGAGUGACGUUGCUGUCUGUUCUGAAGGAUGAUCCACAUUAUAAACUGAACACAUUAAAAUAUUGCGAGUAUAUUUUUAUUUAAAGCCUUUAAAUUGACUCAAGUUCAGUAACAGCCUCAUAUGUGUGUAACUGGAGAAUAUAAGAUAAUUCAAUUUUUAAUAAGAGUUUAAUUCUGUGAUGUGAAUAUGAUCUAUGGAUAUAUGAGUGUUUUCAUGUCUUACAGUCUCUCUGUGUGUAAGUAAUUAAUCAUUUACUGUUAGUUCACCCAAAAAUGAAAUUUCUGCCAUUAUUUACUCACCCUCAUGUUGUUCCACACCUGUAAGACCUUUGUUCAUCUUCAGAACACAAAUUAAGAUAUUUUGAUGAAAUUUUUU